CGACAGCCACUUUCUCGUUCUCACACAAUCACUUGUAGUCCUCGGCAACAGCCAGCUCCCACAAUGGCCUUCUUAAUCCUAGUAAUUGGCGACCUCCACAUACCUGACCGAGCGCUCGACAUUCCCGCCAAGUUCAAGAAGCUCCUCACGCCCGGCAAGAUCGCCCAGACGCUCUGCCUAGGCAAUCUGACGGACCGAUCGACCUACGAGUACCUGCGUAGCAUAACGCCGGACCUCAAGAUGGUCAAGGGCCGGAUGGACGUGGAGGCGACAUCGCUGCCGCUGACGCAGGUGGUGACGCACGGCGCCGGCCUGCGCAUCGGCUUCCUCGAGGGCUUCACACUGGUCAGCGACGAGCCCGACAUCCUGCUCGCCGAGGCCAACAAGCUCGACGUCGACGUGCUCUGCUGGGGCGGCACCCACAAAUUUGAGUGUUUCGAGUACAUGGACAAGUUCUUCAUCAACCCGGGCAGCGCGACGGGCGCCUUCACCACCGACUGGGCUGGGAGUGAGGAGGUUGUGCCCAGCUUUUGCUUGAUGGAUGUACAAGGUAUUUCCCUGACACUAUACGUAUAUCAGUUAAGAAAAGGCGAGGACGGUGCCGAGAACGUGGCGGUGGAGAAGGUAACAUAUACCAAGCCGGUCGAGCCAACAACAGGGUCAUGACAUUGUGGAUGUGUCAACGAGGAGGCGCAUUCAUUUACAACAAGCAGGUCAUGGCAUGAGAGUUUUCGGGAUAACGGCACCCGAAAGUUACAUCACGAGCACUUGACAAGGCGUACAGUAUGAGUUUCGAAGGCACCAAGCUUGCCUCUAAUGAGGAGCUGGAGGAACGUGAAGAGAGAAGCUUCUGUGGGUAUAAUAGCCACAGCAGCCCUAGCGAUUCGCUGCUUGCAGGCAUGAUAUCGCAGUGCUGUUUACUGCUCCGGAGGCGCAUUUCAUGACUGGACGCUGCCUCCCGCAUCAUAAGACGCGGUACAGCAUACCGCUAUGGAAUGAGGAUGGAGAAGCGAAGUCAGGAUUCUCCCCUCUUAGACGUUUCAAUGGAAGAACAACUGAUAUACACCUUACGAUAUCCGCAUUCAAUCCAAG